AUGGAUACCUUACAGCCAAAGGAAGAGGCAGAGCCUGCUCUCAAAAAGCAUAUGGAGUUUAUCAAGAAUGAAAUGGUGUGGGAGAUUAGCCAGGAGCUUGCUGCAGACAGACAAAGACAGCGAGACCAGCAGAUUGCAGAAGCGAGAGCCGCGGCCCCGACCAAUAAACCGGGUGGACAGGAGGGCCGACAGGAGGAGCGCAGGCAGGAGGAGGAUAGACAGGGCGCUGCAGCAGGAAGGUAUCCACGUCCAUUCCCAUCAUAG